CGUCAGGUGGAAAUGACAUUCCGAACCAAGGACGGACAAUUCAUCAAAUGGGUCGCGCCGCUAACGAUCGCGUCCAUGUUUUCGCGAUGAAAAUUACACUCGCCUUGCUCUUUCUCUUCGCACUCGGUGCACGCGCUGAAGGGGCGACCGGCGAUGGAAGCAAAGCGAUGGCCAACGUCAAAAACUGGGUCCGAGCCAGCAUGCCCGUGGUGAAAACGGCCGACGCAAGUCAAAUAACUCCUGAACUUGGAUAUCACAAGCUAAACGGCGCAAAAGCUUCAAUAAAUGCGCAUAUUGUGAACGGCAGAACGGCGAACAGAGGCGACUUUCCGCACAUCGUCGCCAUCAUCAUGGACACCGACAAUUUCUGCGGUGGUUCGCUGAUAUCCCGCAGCGUCGUCCUCACCGCCGCCCAUUGCGUCAAGCCUUUCUCUUCCUUCAUGUUGAUUUUCGGCGCGCAAACUCGAGAGGGACAGGGACAGAACUCGGAGAUAAGGGAAUCUACGUCUGCCGUGUACCAUGAAAAAUACAAUCCCAACACCAUGAGGAACGACAUAGCCAUGAUCUACCUACCCAGGCCGGUUGAACUUAAUAGCUUUGUAAAAGUUAUCAAGGUGGCAACAAAAUUGCAUGAUUCCAAUAUGCUGAGAAAGGGCGUUGCUGCUACCGUCGCCGGUUGGGGAAAAACAUCCGAUGCUGCUGACGUGAGCAAUAUCUUGAAGACGGCCAACCUAAUAAUCCAAGGGAACAACUUUUGCAGCAGCACUUACGGGACUGACAGUUUUACUCCCAACCAAAUUUGUGCUCUCGGCAGAAACGGAGACGCGACUUGCCAGGGUGACAGUGGAGGUCCGCUGACCUUGAAGGACAGCAAUGGCGAAUUGGUGAUCUUCGGUUUGGUUUCGUAUGGUUCGGCGCAGGGUUGCUCGUCCGGAGACCCUGAGGUUUUCACCAGGGUGUCCAGCUACACAAAGUGGAUCACCGUUAAUUCAAAUUAUUAAAAGUGUGCAUUUGCUGAUUUGACUUAUUUUUGUAUAAUCAGAAUAAUUUGAUUGAUGCUCAUUGGAAAUCUGUAUUUUGCUCAUUAACAAAGUAUUGAAAUGCCAGUAAAGUUUAUUAAAAGAUUUCAUGCCUAUGCCUACUUUUUUCCUGAAUAAAAGAUGAUAUU